AUGUCGAAAAAAAUAUGCAGAGCGAUGAACAAAGUUCCAUAACCAAGUCUGACGAUAUAUCUGCAGUACUGCAAAGCAGGCCCGAAGGGGCGACCCUAAAGGGUCAUGACACUUACGUGUCUAAUGAAUCUAGCAAAAAUCUAAGUAAGUAUUUUGUGCACGGAAAAAGUAUGAAUCAAGCUGAAAAAAUUGAUAAUGAUAUCUCGACACAAACUGUUAUCUUCGAUAACUGCUCCGCUAAUGAUGAGAUUACCAAACUACCAAAAAUUGAUACAGAGUUUAAUCCCAAGAUAAGUGAUGAAACUAGCAUUAGCGAAAUUAGUGAGGAUAUUACACCCCAAUCUCAAGAAAUAAAAAAUGUGACUCCGCACCUUAUACAACCGGAUAAUAAUAUGUCCGCUUUAAUUGAAUCGAAUUCUCAGAUGAGGCCUGGUCCCGAGGCUUUGCCCCUUCCGAUAGGAGGAAUAGGAGCAGUCCCUGCUAUAGCAAGCACUUUGUUGUCACCGCUAUCGGCAUAUAUUUUUCUUAUUCUGUUAAUUAUCGCGGUUAUGUGGUUUGUGGUAUUGAGACCUACACGGGGAAUGGAGAGGAAAAAUAAGCAGUUGCGGAAUAUGUGGGCUAGGUAUUAG